AUGGCUCAAUCUGUAUCUGGAUACUCCGUCGGUAUUGAUCUUGGUACGACGUACUCCUGUGUCGGUGUGUGGCAAAACGACCGUGUAGAAAUCAUUGCCAAUGACCAGGGUAACCGUACUACUCCGUCAUACGUGGCUUUCACCGACACCGAGCGUCUGAUUGGUGAUGCGGCUAAGAACCAAGUGGCCAUGAACGCGCACAACACCGUGUUCGAUGCUAAGCGUUUGAUUGGUCGCAAAUUUUCGGACCCGCUUGUUCAGGCUGAUAUCAAGCACUGGCCAUUCAAGGUGACAUCUGGCGCUGGUGACAAACCGCAGAUCGUUGUACAGUUUAAGGGCGAAUCGAAAACCUUCCAGCCUGAAGAAAUUUCGUCCAUGGUGUUGAUCAAAAUGCGUGAGGUAGCUGAAGCAUUUAUUGGCAAGGAAGUAAAAAAUGCUGUUAUCACGGUUCCUGCCUACUUCAACGACUCGCAGCGUCAAGCAACUAAGGACGCUGGUGCAAUUGCUGGUCUUAACGUACUUCGUAUUAUCAACGAGCCUACGGCUGCUGCUAUUGCAUACGGCUUGGACAAGAAGGGCGGUGAACGCAAUGUGUUGAUCUUUGAUCUUGGUGGAGGUACCUUCGAUGUUUCGCUGUUGAGCAUUGAGGAAGGUAUCUUUGAAGUGAAGGCUACUGCUGGUGACACCCACCUUGGUGGUGAGGACUUUGACAAUCGUCUUGUAGACCACUUCACGCAGGAGUUCAAACGUAAGCACCGCAAGGACAUCACGGAGAACCAGCGUGCCCUGCGUCGUUUGCGUACUGCGUGUGAGCGUGCUAAGCGUACGUUGUCUUCGUCAGCUCAAGCAUACAUCGAAAUUGAUUCGCUUUUCGACGGUAUCGACUUCAACUCGACCAUUACUCGUGCUCGUUUUGAAGACAUGUGUGGAGACUAUUUCCGCAAAACGAUGGAGCCUGUGGAGAAAGUGCUGCGUGACGCGAAGCUUUCUAAAAGUCAGGUACACGAAGUGGUGCUUGUGGGUGGGUCGACUCGUAUUCCCAAGGUGCAGCAACUGUUGUCCGACUUCUUUAACGGCAAAGAGCCAAACAAGUCGAUCAACCCCGACGAGGCUGUUGCCUAUGGUGCUACAGUGCAGGCUGCGAUUUUGAGUGGUAACGACUCGUCUGAAAAACUGCAAGAUCUUCUUCUGCUCGACGUGACACCACUCUCACUGGGACUCGAGACAGCUGGUGGUGUCAUGACGACACUGAUUGCUCGUAACACGACAGUUCCCACUAAAAAGUCGCAGACAUUCUCGACGUAUGCCGACAACCAGCCGGGUGUUCUGAUUCAGGAUCAACAGAUUGCCCAAUACGUGAAUCAGAUGCUCAAAGUUCAUGCAGAAGGCCUUGAUGGCAUGUUUUCAUCAACUUCGAAUUGGCAUGGAUCAACUUUGCAUGCCAAUUCGCACCCCGACGUAAGUGUGAACUGGAUUUUUUCAAGAGGGGACUGGGUGCUGGAUAGCAUCUCUACAAUGUUUGAAUACCUGACUGGCGAUCUGAAGUAUGACAGAGCGGCUGGGCAGGUACUGGCGGGAUGGCCGUCGGCUCAGACCGGCGGAUUAUCACCACCUCUUGACGACAUUCUGGAUGAAGCUCUACGACUGAAAGUUAAGCUGCUCGCAGCUACAGCUUUUGUGGACUGGGACCUUGGUGGCGACCUAAAUUGCUGUGAUUCUCUUUUGCGCACGGCAACAUUAGUGGGAUUGACAAGCGACGAUAUUGCAUCAGCUUCUGCCGACGUGUCCAAGGGUUUUGUGCAGCGGAGCUUUAACACUGCAAGUUUGGACGAGCUUCCAGACUCCAUCACAGGCGAAUUGGAACAUCUUCGCCAGUCUUAUCGGGAACUCAUGUUAGCGGUACAUGCUCUUUCAAAAGGCAUUGCGGCAAUUCGCACGGAAUCAAAAGUUACGAACCAGCAACUUCUGAGGGCGGUGCUGGCAGCACCCCGCGCAGCUACUAAUUCUGCAACGGUAUUUGAGUCCCCCGACACAUCCACACAACCAAACCAAGCAGAAGCCGUAUCUACAGCGGUUUCGCUUUCGUUCCCAGCCGAUUUGACUGGUCUCCGCGACAUGCCCUUCGAACAGGCCUAUUUUCGGUACAUCGGACACAAUUUGGCGCUAUGCGGUGAUUCCAGAAAGAUGAACCCAAGUCUGCAAAUGAUGAAGCAAAAGAUUGACUUUAUUACAAAAGUGCUGCCCGAUGCAGGCGAGUUCCCACCGCGCCCGGAACCGGGCACGGCGGAGAUUGAGGAAUGGAUCGAUACUAUACGUCAAAAAGCCACGAAGGUGCGCAGUGACGUGGUAUGUUCUUAA